AUGAGAAACAUGUACCUUCGUCCCGCCGUCAGUGCGGACAUCCGCGGUGUGAAAGCCAUUUUGAACUGGCAUAGUACCCAGGGCAUUCGGCCCUCAAAACUGGCAGAAAUCAAUGACGACGACAUGCACCAGCGUGAACAAAGAGUCUGCAGAAAGGAACCCUCGGCCGAAAUACCUCUUACUCAUUGGUACUGCUCCGCUGUGGCAAGGGGCUCUGGUGGAGGUAUUUACAUCGAUACGCUGGCGGUCUGUCUACGUGCCGACACUAUUCAUCUACUCAACCGAGUUGGCAAUGAAUUGGAGCACUCUGGCCAUCUUCGCUUAGUGUACGAUGCUGGCCCAGUUGGUUGCCAGGCCGUCAGAGGCGAAGACGAGGCGGACCCUGUUGUGCCAGCCGCACUCCGCGAUGACCACCUUGGAGGCUGCGCCGAGGCGCUCCUCGAUCGAGUUGCCUUCGACGGUGAGCUGGGUGGAGGAUUAGUCGUAGCCGAAGGUCUGCAGGUUGCCAAAGACUGCGCGGAGCAGGAGAUUACCGUCUCGGGUGAGGGCAUCGGCCCAGGACCGUUCGCUAUACCACACAACGUCUACGCCUCCGUUCUGGACGGCUCCGAGGGGUUUGGCGGUGCUGGGCGAGGAGGGUGA